CUCUGCUCGGCACCUGGCGCGGCUGCGGUUGGCCGGGCGCUCCUGCAGAAGCAGGUGUGGGGUGUCGUGCUGUCCUUCACGCAGUUGCGGCUGGGACCUCCUACCUGGGCUGCCGGUCAAAGAGCAGGAAGCAGCGAUGUCUGCCAUGGGUCCUGCAGCUCCACUCCUGCAUCGCCCUGGUGACAGUCACAGUGGCUGCAUGAGUUUCCUGGGCGCCCAGCUGCCUCCAGAGGUGGCAGCAAUGCCCCAGCUCCUGAGGGACCUGGACAGGGGCACAUUCAGAAAGUUGCUGAAGCUGGUGGUCAGCAGUCUGCAGGGGGAAGACUGCCGUGAGGCUGUGCGGCGCCUCGGGGCUGGCACAGACCUACCUGAGGAGCGGCUGGGUGCCCUGAUCGCUGGCACACACACCCUGCUCCAGCAGGCCCUCCGGCUGCCCCCGGCCAGCCUGAAGCCCGAUGCCUUCAAGAACCAGCUCCAGGAGCUCUGCAUCCCCCAAGACCUGGUCGUGGACUUGGCCAGUGUGGUGUUUGGGAGCCAGCGGCCUCUCCUUGACUCUGCGGCCAGGCAGCAGGGGGCCUGGUUGCCCCAUGUUGCUGACUUCCGGUGGAGGGUGGACGUGGCCAUCUCCACCAGCUCCCUGGCCCGCUCCCUGCAGCCAAGUGUCCUGAUGCAGCUGAAGCUCUCGGAUGGGUCGGCCCUCCGCUUCGAGGUCCCCACGGCCAAGUUCCAGGAGCUGCGGUUCGGUGUGGCCAUGGUCCUGAAGGAGAUGGCCGACCUGGAGAAGAGGUGCGAGCGCAAACUGCAGGACUGAGCCUUGCUCGCGGGUCCCCUUCUGGUCACUGGGGAUAGCUGGCUCAGACAGGUGUCUCCAGAGCAAAGGCCACCCUUCCCAGGAGGCACUCCAGUGAGUGUUUGAGUAUAAUCGUGUAUUUCUCUAAGUGAGGAAGACAGCUGUGUCUUUCCCUUUUUUUGGAAGUAAAGCAGCU